UACAUUCCAGUGUAUGGCUUAAACCAUUGUUUUUCCUCUAACUUCCAGACCAGUAAUUGCAAGUUCCCUCUAUCGAAUCAAAACCUUCGCAUAUAACUGUGGGUUCUAUCCACCGCUAGCGUCGGAUGAAUGUUAACAGAACAGUGUGGGAGUAGCGUUACAUUAGGCGGCACACAUGCCUUCAGGACCGAUCUACCGGUGUAUAAUGUGAUCGAAAACAUCAUUCAAAGAUCUUGGGAACUUUUAAAUUUUCCGUAAUUGUGCAUAUUUCUUGAGGGAUAUCACGGGUUACGACCGGACAAAUUAAGUUACACAAGAUAUUGCCGGAACAUACUGUCUACUGAAUGCGUACAUAUAUAUUGCGCUGUAAUCAUGCUGGGUCUGAGAAUGUAGUCUGCAGUCUAACAUAGUGAAUUAUGGGAUCACGGUAGGCUACACAAGGUUACAAGGAUGAUCAGCUUCACCUUGAAGGAUGGUAUAAAAAAAAUCCCACGUGAUGCAUAUUUUUUCUUGAUUUGUUUUCUUUAUGUUUGAAAGUAACUGACAGUUAGGAUGGGUCAGCUAACAACUUUCCAGUGUCUUUGUGCAUUGUUGGCGUUUUAUGAUUUGACAUGUAUAAAUUGUCAUGACAUGAUAUCUGAAACAUGUUCUUAUACAUUCCAAGUCUGGAGACCAGAUGAGAAUAUUGAACACAAGGUGAGAUAUUUAGAACUAGAAUUUGCCAAUAUGUCUUCGUUUCUGGACAAAACUUUAUUGCAAUUCCGAAAUGAAAUUUACUCGGAGUUGAGUUUGUGCCACAAGAAUAGAACCUCUAGAGGUGGUAGGCGUGCAGGGUCAAAGGUCAAAGAACGGGCUUUAAAUUCGGGAUUUUCAGGAUUUCAAAGGGAGCUAAAUGAGAUGGUGAGGCGUCUUGACCAUCUCACCACGGAUUAUGUCAGUUUGAAGAAUAGACUUACGACUUCACCAGCCCCUCAAAGAGCUGGAAAAUUGGGAUUUUCAAGCAACGGACAGAUAGAACAAGUUCCAACAUCUGUUUUAGAAAACGGUGUAAAUGAUUUAAAAGCAGAAUGGAUUCUAAUGAAACGGGACCUUUUACAUCUUAAUUCUGAAAAUUCCCACAUCAAGCAUGCCCAAAAUCGAAUUCAAAGAGAGGCGAAUUCUCUGAACAAAUCUAUAAGUUCCUUAGGAACAAAAAUUAAAAUUCUAGAAGUGGAGUUGAAUAAUGGAGUACCGACCCCUAGGGACCGUGAUGAUCAAGCAGAUUCGGGAAUACGUGAUCCGACUAGCCUACAUAGGCGGAUGGAGAUGGACAUAUUAAACAUUAAUGAAGGCCUUCAGGAUCUACGUACUUCCAUGAAGAAAGUUAAGGACAACAUGAAUCUUCUUAGGAAUGAUAAUGUGAAUCUUAAAAGAAUGAUUGUAGACGCUUCGAAGGGAAAGACAUUUAAUGGCGGUAAAACAAAUGUUGCUGAACUGAUGGAUCGCACUCUAGGAGCAACCCCUACAGGUAAGCAUUGA